AUGUUGAGUAGAAAAGAGCUUUAUAAAUUAUGUGAACGACAUGUAGCUGCAAACAAGAAAUUCUUGGAAGAAUAUUUCGAAGAACUUUGCAACAAUGCAAUGAAUGGAAGUGCAGAGCAUCGUCAAGUGUUUUACGAAGCUGUUGAAGAGAUUAAAAAUGUUAUUCAAGGUAUCAAAUCAUCACCAAAAAAUCCACAAAACAGAAACAAAAACAUUCCUCGUCCUUGGUUUCCAAGCUCGUUACAAAGAAGAAGAUCUCAGGCAAAAGCAAAAGUUCGAGAACGAAGCAAUGCAAAUGGUGUAAGAAGAAAGCUUGACAAUUACUUUGAGUCACCAGAAGAUAUAAGAAAUUCAUUAGGACAAUCAUCCACAACACCGAUAAAAACGAGACGCGAUGAUGACAUGCAAGCUAUGCUCAAUGAUGCAUUUUACUUAUCCCAGAAAAUUGAAGAAGAAUUUCAAAGCUCGUGGCAUGAAAAUGACCCAAAUCCUGAGAAUUCAAUUGAUGAGUUUGUUAAUUGCUUCGCAAAUGACGAAUCAGCUUUGGGUAAUGCUGAUGACAUUGAACAAGAACUGAAAUUUCAACCGUCGUCAACAGCGAUAUCGUCAAAGAAGAGAAUGCGUGAUGAAGACUUGAAUCUGGCAAUGAUCGAUGAAACUUUUUUCAUGUCAGAUGAAGAUGAAGAUGAAGACGUCGAUGUCACUGAAUAUUCAAAUAAAAGUGAUGAAUUCACCAACUUAUAUGACAAGCACAAAUCUGCUUUGGAAGGUUCCAAAGACUUUCAACAAGAUGCAAAAUUUCUCCCAGCAUCAUCACCAGUAAUGCCGAAAAUUCAAGAACCAGUUCAUCUGGAAGAACAGAUGAAAGCUGAAGAAAUCAUUAAAAGUAUUUCAAAAUACUUCAGAUUAGGAUUUUUUACUAACAAGAAGAUGAGCGUAACAAAUGAAAUUACACUUCAACCUGGAAGAUACGACCUUUGUAGGUUUAUUCCAAUAGUUCAAGAACUUGACAAUACUCAAUAA